UACAUAAUGAUCGAUAAUCAUUGCGAGAACUUUUAUGUGUUCUUUAUCUAAUUUCACUUGACGACUAAAGAAGAUAAAGCCCUCGGCGGAAUGCUGGUAGGAAGGAGUGUGGGAUCUCGAUCGACAGAAUUAUGAUAAAUGCUGUUACUGCGGUACAAGCAGCAGUUUGUCGUAUUUCGUUCGAGUGACUGCAUCGUUAAUAAUUCAUUUUGAUAAAUCGCGUGCGAGUGGUCUUACGACAUCGCGCGAUAUUUACGAGAAUGAGUAUCAGUAUUGCGUUGACAAUACUUGCCAUUUUUAUAUUUACACCUGCCGAUAGUGUUGUGGAUCUAGAUAUCGUACAUUCCCUUAACGACAAGAAUCUACCUACUAUCUCGAUUCUCAAAGAAUCCUCAAGCUUGCACGACACUAAAAAGAAUGAUUGGGUCUACUUUGCUGAUCCGUUCGACAACGAAAUCACGACUCCGCAGGAUGAAAAUGCAACGGAGAAUUGCACGGAUCGCUCGAUCAACGAGUUCCCGGAGAUAUUCACGUUCGAGCAGCGUCGUCAGGGCGCAGUGAUACUUCAUAUCUUCUUCGGGUUCUAUUGCUUCAUUCUGACGGCGUUCGUCUGCAACGACUACUUGUUACCGGCGCUUGACAUCAUAUGCACGCGCUUAAAUAUCAGCACUGACGUGGCCGGAGCGACUUUUCUCGCUACAGCAAGUUGCUUCCCCGAACUAUUUGUAAACGUCGUCGGCACUUUUCUGACCGAAUCCGACCUGGGGGUCGGCACCGUUAUGGGUGGCGCGGUUUUCAACACCUUUGCGACCCCAGCAUGUGGUGCGUUAUCGGCGAUCCAUGCCAUACCAUUAGAGUGGAAAAUAUUAACUCGGGACACUAUACUUUAUGCGAUAUCUGUAUCCGUCUUAGUGAUUGUAAUGUGGGACAGCGUGAUCAUGUUGUACGAAGCGAUCAUCCUCAUGGCACUAUUCCUUGGUUAUUUGAUAAUACUGUUCUGCAGCAACUGUUUUGCGCGUUGGUAUAAUAAGCUUGCCCAUCUGUACACUGAAAAAACUGACACUACCACUUUCAGUAAAAAUGAAACUUCUGAAGACAAGGAAGAAUCAAUGUCUAACGGCCUUUACAGACCGUAUUUUCACGGUGAGCUCGUGGCGGAAUACAGAAAAAGCAUAAGGCAAAACGGCACUCGUAAACCUCCCACUAAUGAUGUGGAGGCUAAUAGUGUACAGGUGCAAAAUCAUGUGGAACAAGUGGAGGAAUACGUGGAACCAGAUACUCCCUUUGUAUGGCCGACUGGCAGUAGACUAGCCAAAAUCUGGUUCUUGUUCGUUUGGCCGUUAAAACUAAUCUUGUUCGUUACCAUACCGGACAGCAGGUAUAAACGAUGGAAGAACUGGUAUCCGGCAACAUUCGUAAUGUGCGUCAUAUGGAUCGCAAUAGCUUCGUACCUGUCAUCGUGGAUGACGACUGUUCUUGGCGACACCAUCGGCAUCCCGGAUUCUGUAAUGGGUAUCACGUUCCAAGCCGCUGGCGGCAAUAUGCCGGAACUCGUCUCCAUCGUAAUACUCUCUAGACAAGGUAACGGAGACAUGGCUAUGAGCAACACAUUGGGGGCCAAUACACUAGACAUACUGCUUUGUCUCGGUUUACCAUGGUUAAUAAAAAUACUCAUGGACAAAAAGGACAUCGAAAUAGUUUCGGGCGCUCUGCGCUACAGUGUGCUUUCGAUUAUCGCAUGCGUCGUCGCUUUUUACGCGGUUACCGCAUUGUGCAAAUAUCAUUUGAAUAAGAAAGUAGGUAUUAUUUGCUUGAUAUUAUAUGCAAUAUUCUUAGUUUUUGCUUUAUUAUUUGAAUUGAAUAUUUUCUACUCGGUGAACUUACCUAUGUGUCCUCCUUAAUGUUUCUGCUGUGCUACACAGUGUUUUCGCACUUUAUUUAAUAGUCAAUUUUUAAAUUAGUAUUAUAUAUUACAAUAUAAUACAUUUUCCAAUAGUUGAGGGAAGUUAGACCAGUUAAAGUUAUUUUUUAUCGAUUUAUGAGGAUGUAUUUAGGAAAUUAUCAUAAUGAUAAAAGUUCCUAAGUUGUUUGCAUCCUGUUGUUAUUCGCAAUUGUUGUUCUAUUGCGAACUAUCUUUGUCAAAGUAUUGUUUUUGUUUGUAUUUUCUGUUUUAAUCAUGUAUAUAUAUAUAUAUA